CUUCGUGUGUAUUUGUAGCGGUCGCGCGCCGAGCGCAGGACACCAUUCCUGCCAGUUUGUGUACACGUGUAGUGAAGAUAUAUCAAUUGUCGCUGUCGGUCUAUCGUGCGUUGCAAUAAUUGAGUAUAUUCAAAGGGAUUGAUGUGCAAAUAAUAGAAAAUAUUAUUAAUUUCCAAAUAAAUAAAAUAGAUACGUUUAAUAUCGACUUUCCAAAAUGCAAGACCCAAAUGAAGAUACUGAAUGGAACGAUAUUCUUAGGAAAAAAGGUAUCAUACCUAAGAAAGAACAUGAGAUUACUGAGGAUCAAAUAGUAAAUCUUUUGGAAAAUACAAUAGAUGAGAAAACAGGACGUGCGUCCAACAGUUUAGAAGAGAAAACGUUGGAUGAGUUAGAUGAGUUGGAAGACGAAGAAGAUGAACGAGUUCUGAAGGAAUAUCGACAAAAGAGGAUAGCAGAGAUGAGAGAAUUAGCUAGCAAGUGUAAGUAUGGAGAAGUGCAAGAGAUAUCUGCAGAGGACUAUGUUAAAGAAGUCAACAAUGCCGGAGAUGAUAUUUGGGUUAUUCUACAUCUUUACAAAUCUGGCAUUCCACUCUGUACUCUAGUCAAUCAGCAUCUUGCGAGUUUAGCAAGAAAGUUUCCUGCCACUAAAUUCUUGAAAAGUAUCUCAACCACUUGUAUCCCCAAUUGGCCCGAUAGCAAUCUUCCCACAAUAUUUAUUUAUCAUAAUGGAAAUAUGAUAAAACAAAUCGUAGGGCCGCUUGAAUUUCGCGGCAUGAAACUAACUGAAGCAGAAUUAGAAUGGAUGUUGGGACAAGUAGAGGCAGUACCAACAAAAAUUAAGGAGGAUCCUCGACCCAAGGUCAAGGAUGUCUUAUUUUCAAGUCUGAAAAACGGAAACGAUCUUGAUGAUGGUAAUGAUUGGUAAUUUUAUCUGCAUUAGAUCACGUUUGAAGAUUGGAACAUAUAAAUAUGUAAGAAGUAUUGUCAGAUUAAUGGUGUUUAACAGUUUAUUUAUUUUAUUACGUCGUAUGGACUCAUUUGUAAAAAUAUUUUCGAAACUAUUUUCGAAAUCGCUAUAUACUGAUACUGUUCAUUUUAAUAAAAUAUUUUAUUACAGUGUUA